UUUUGAACUAGUUCAUUUCGGAACGACACAGCUCUAGUGACAUAACAAGAGUGCAUUUUAUUUAUUUUAGAAUUGGACGGUGUCUUUAAAAAUUAAACAUGUCUGCGAAAAAGUACACCGACUUGGUUAAAUUGACCACACAAUAUGCCCGCAGAAUGAAUUAUUUGUCCAACCGCAUUUUUGGAGAAGUGGCUCGCACCACAAAUGAUAAAUCAAUGAAGGUGGUGAGAAUGUUCAGCGAGGAGCCGGUGGACAAGCGCGACUAUGUCGUAAAUUGGUAUCCCAGACAUGUUGAAACACAUCUUCUAAUGAUGAACCUUAGAGAUUAUGGUCUAUUCAGAGACGAACAUCAAGACUUCAAAGAAGAAAUGAAACGUAUGCGCAAAUUGAGAGGCAAAGCUCCGCCUAAGAAAGGCGAGGGCAAACGUUCAAAGAAAUAGAUAUACAUUUUAUUUUCCUAAUUUAUUGUUGGAAAUAAGUAGCUUAGCAAGUCCCUCAAAUACAACGUUAUCGCCUUGUUUACAUUCAUAAGUAACAGUGGAAA